ACUCACCCACCCCUUCCCUUUCUCUCUUCACGUAUACCCCCAUUCUUUUUUGACAACGGAGCAUAAUCAUCGACAUAGUUUCCAGGAAGAGAAGGUUUCGGACCCUCAUUCAAUGGUCGAGCACUGGUUGGCAGUUCUGGUUCCCUUCACUUCCUGAAUUCACUGCACACUGUCUUGAAUCGUCUUCAACCUAGGGUUCAACUCCAAUCUUGUGUGGUGAGCGCGCAGGCAUGGGUACAACGACGGUUGCGUGUAGGCGCGCUGACAUGGGGACGACCACGAUGAGCAGACAUAUGGAUAGUAGUGACGGGUAGACAUUGAGACGGGGCGGCGGCGCAUGGGGAUGGCAGCGGGUGCGGGUAGGUGUGCAGGCAUGGGGACGGUGGCGGCGAUCACAUAUGGGGAUGGCCACGACAAGAAGACAUUGAGACGGCAGGGGCGAGCAGGCAUAGAGACGACAACAACUGUGGGUAGGCGCGUGGGCAUGGAAACGGCUGCGGCGACGCGACAUGGGAACGACUGCAGUGAACAAACAUGGAGACAUGGGCAUCACAUGGGGACAGUUGUUGCAACAGGGGAGGCGGGUGCCGUGAGUGCCACGACGAUGGAGGCGGCAGGUACCGCGAAGAUUGGGGCGGCAAGUGUUGCAGGUGCCGUGGCUACGAGCUAAUGACUAGGUGUUUUAGCAAAUGGUUUCUGCUACCCCAGGGUAGGUGAAGCCAUCAACACCGCAUCAACCCAAAAAAUGUGAAGGAGUGACGUGCAAAGUCAAAUGAAUUUAUAGUGAUUUGGAGUGCAUACAUUGAUGGUUUUUAUAAUAGGGUGCAAAUUCAAAUAUCACCCAAAUCAUGAGGUGUAAAGUCAAAUUAUCUCUUUUACAUUCUCACAUUUAAUUAUGAGAUAAUUCCCUAAAUAGGAGUAAAAACGUUUUGAAAUUCCAAAAUAGGAGUAUCAUGUUUUUUUAUUCCCCGAAUAGGAGUAAAUUUUUGCCAAGUUUGGUUUUACAAGGCUUUAAAGAUGGCAGUUUCUUCCAAACUUGGCAGAUUACUCCUAUUCAAGGAAUAAAAAACAUGAUACUCCUAUUUUGGAAUUUCAAAACAUUUUUACUUCUAUUUAGGACAAUUUGUGUUUAAUUAUCCGGCCAGUGUACGAGACACUCUCAGCUCAUAAGUCAUAACCCAACAAUUUCUAUUCGAAACCCAUCAUUCAUGACAAUAACACAACACUAACUCCAUUGUCUCCAUAUGCGACUUCCUUGCUCCCCUCCAUACACUUUUGUUGUCAUUGUUUUGUUUUAUUACUCUACCAAGCCUCCAUCCUUCAAUAAUUGCACGGUUUGUAUUUUCCAGUCAAAAUUUAGUAAUUUUAGAUAUUCUUUAUAUAAAGUGUAGCAUUUCGUAAUAUGGAAAUAUCUUGAUCAAAUUGUAUGACUUUUGAGAUUUACGUAUUAUUGUGAUACUUUUUAUUAGUAUAUAAAAGAAAACAGCAAUGCUCAAAUAUGAGAACUAAAGAGAAAUCAGAUAGGGUGAAGUUUAUUUAGGGGGAGUUAUGUAGAGACUAUAUUAAAAUUUAAAAUCGUAUUGUAAUAAAAAAGAAAUAAUUACAUAUUUAUAACAAAAAUAAAGAUUGUUUAGAAAAAUGUGACUAGUGACUAGAGUAAUUAUGAAAUUGUAGUAACUUAUAUUCAAAUUUUAAACUUAAAUUAUCAUGACAGUAGAUUGUAGUUACUAUUAGACAUGUUUGUGUAAAUAAGUUUUAUUUUAAUACUCCGUAAUACUUUUAAAAAAUCCUCAUAAAAGUUUAAUUUUUUAUGUUAUAAAUCUACUCAACUUGAAUUGAUUCUACAUUAUUAAACAAGAGCCCAAUUCAAAGGAUGAUACCCUAUCUCUAAGGGCUUCUAGCACCGGCAGGACAAUUAACUAGAAGAAUGUAAAUUGGAUUUCAAUCAAAUACUGAUAGAAGGAGCCAACUCUAAAUCCUAAAUCUAAGUGAAAACAUGAUUUAGAAUAUUUUCACUUGGAUUGAUUACUGUCAAAGGAGUCAAAUCACACUAAUCUUAAAUAUAUAAGAUCAAAUUAAAUCAAACCAGACAUAGAUUGUAAAUAAACCAAUGUUGUACUAGAUCAAUUCACAUUAGACGAAACAUACUAUAUAACAUAUUGAAGUUAAUAUAUUAGUUUAGACCAUAUCAAAUCGUAAAAGUACACCAAGUAACAUCCUUUAAUGAGGGCAUAAACAAUAGUGAACUAUGUAUAUCCAAAUGUUUCAUCAUUCUCAUUAUUUGACACGAUUCUUACAUCUAGUUUUAUUUAGAUUUAAAUAGUCUUCAUUCCCGCAGCAUCAAUAACCCAAACAUCAAUUCUAUUUUAUACGAAUACACUGUAUUCACUCCAUUUAUACUAUUUUCCUUGAAAUUUCACACUGUUGAUAAUAUCCACUCUCCAUACUUUUUACAUACCAGGUUCAUAAAGCAUUACUUAAAUUAUUAUAAAUAAUAUUUUUUGUAUGUUGGUUAAAAUUUUGAAUAAUUAUAAAUGAAAAAAUGAAUGUUUCGAUAGAGCAAAUGAAAUUUGGUUAAAUUAGUUUUUUGGAUAUUUCGGUGAAAAAAUAGAAUAAAGAAAAUAAAAUGUAUCAGUGUAACUUUGGAAUUCAUUUGGACCGUUGGAUCAUGGCAAUGAUAACUAAAUCGGUUCAUUUUUGGUCUUUUUUGCAUGACAAUGAUAUUUUGUUGUUAUAUUACUAGUUACUUGUGUUUGUUAUCACACAACUUUUUAUUACAAAAGAAAUAUGUAUUCAUCUAAACUAUAACUUAGGCAACAUACAUACUAUUUCCAAACAACUAUCAAAAAAUGUGAAACUUUAGAGCAUAUAUACGCUUUAUCUAAAAAGAAAAUAGAAUAAUUAUUUUUUAAAAAAAUAUUUACUACAAAUAAAAACAACAUUUAGUAAAAAGUAUAACAAAUAAAAACUUAAAGUUUAGGCUACACUAUAUAUUUUCUAUAUAAUUUAUGCGUUUAAUUCUUUUAAAAGGUAUUUAAAAAGAUAUACACAUUCUAAUUCAUUGCCUGGACGUGCACUUGUUUCUUCUCUUUUUUUAAUACGGAGUAAUGUUUUUGUAUUAUAUUGCCAUUAAUUAAUGCUUGAUGUAACUUGGAUUUUUUUUGUUUUCCAUUUACUAUGUUUUUAAUCAACAAAAUUAUUUUGGCAAAGACCGAAUAAAUCAUGGUUUAAAAUUUGGAAAGAUAAAAUUGAACUGAACCAAACCAAAUUAUUUUCUUUGGUUCGCUAUUUAGUUUUAGAUUAAAACUGAACCGUUUGAAUUGAACUCAACUUUACUCUCCUAAUUAAACCCCAAAGCCAAACACGAUUUAAAAAGGAAAUAGUUGUUCUGUUUCAAUUCUUGCAUGAUACUCCGUAUAAUAGUUUUGAUUGAGUGGAUCGGAUCUGGUACAGUAAAAGGAAAAGAAAGGUUCAAAAGCAAGUCAAGUGUGAUAUAUUGAGCAUUGUGUGCGCGGGCAUAUAUAUGGAGCUGUUACUUACUCACGAAGAAUGGAGAAAAGGUGUUGUGUAUUGACAUAUUUCUAGAUUGAUGAUUGAUAGUUAGGUGCCACUCAUUGCAGAAAGGAGCAAUGCCUUUGGCUUUGGGGAGCUUCCAAAAUCAUCAGACUUAUAUACAAAUAUAUAGUGUAAUUUUCAUUAAAGGGUGUUCUACUCUUCUUAGGGGUGGAGUAUCCGGGAAUAUAAAAUGACAGGAAUUGACAUGAACAUUUUUUUGUAAUAAUUAAUGGCUUUAAUUUCAUGCUUUUGACCAGAUUUGAAUCCCACCUUCCGCCCCUAAUUGAUUUGCAGCUUUUAAGAUUUGAAU